GGGAGGGGCUCUUCUGGGAGGCAGCCAUGUGGUGAACAUUGAGCGCAGUGUUUUCCCCCGCUUCUCUCCUUUCCUUUUCAGACGUGCAAAAUCACUCCGUGCUGCUGUCGAUGUGAACUCCUUGCUGCUCUGUCUCUUCUCUUCCAGACUCCAGGCCCUGAAUUAACAGCCACAGAUCUGUGAGCUCUGGCUGAAUCUGGACGGAAUAUGGACAAGGAGAUGAAUAUCAGAAGGGAAGAAAGAGUGAAGUUGGUUAUUUCUCUGGCACAUGGAUGCAAUUACUCUCAGCGCAUUCCAGAGGCGUUCUUUUGAAUCCCGUGCAGGUCUGCCUGCUGUUCAUGGGAGAGAGAAGGAAGAAGGGAGGAAAAGUCCCUUUCUUACUCGGAGACGGAAUGUCUGCACUUUCCAUCUUCUUUUUAGCUUCCUGUUCUGUCUGGCUGGCUGAGGCUCAGACUGAAUUUAAAAGAGUGGCCGAAGAAAACGUGACUUUGCCUUGUCACCAUCGCCUGGGCCUCCUGGAACAAGGCAGCCUGGACAUUGAGUGGCUGCUGCACACAUCUGAAUCAGUGCAGAAAGCGGUGAUCACCUACUCUGGAGGCCACGUUUAUGAUGACCUGAAUGAAGAACAGAAGGGCCGUGUUUCAUUCACCUCCAACUUCCGUGCUGGAGAUGCAUCCCUGCAGAUCAUCUCCCUGCAGUCCAGUGAUGCAGGGAAGUACAUAUGUAAGGUGAAGAAUGCUGGGCAGUACGAAUGGGCUCACAUCACCCUGAAUGUUGUAGAGAAACCUUCCAAGCCCAAGUGCUGGCUAGAAGGAGAGCUGUCAGAAGGGAAAGACCUGUUCCUGCAGUGCCGUUCUUCCUCUGGCACUGCACCCAUCUCCUACCGGUGGCAGCGUAUAAAUGAGGAAGAUGAGAAAGCUGAACAUCUCCCACCUACAUCAAGAGUCAACAUUUCUAAUCCAGGUCAAGUCUUACUGAAGAACCUCACUCAGAUGAGUACAGGGUUGUACCAAUGUAUGGCCACCAAUGAGGCCGGACAACAGAGCUGUGUUGUUCGGGUAACAGUGCAGCAUGCCCAAAAUAUUGGCAUGAUUGCUGGAGCGGUUUGUGGUGUCGUGGUGGGACUUUGCCUCCUGAUCCUGGUGGUGAGGCUGACAAUAAGGAGGAAAGAAAAGAAGAGGUAUGAGGAAGAGGAGGCCCCAAAUGAAAUCAGAGAAGAUGCAGAGGCACCCAAAGCUCAUCUUGUCAAGCCCAGCUCCUCAUCCUCUGGUUCCAGAAGCUCACGCUCGGGUUCCUCCUCAACCAGGUCAACAGCCAACAGUGCCUCUCGCAGCCAGCGGACUUUGUCAACUGAAGCUACACCCCAUCUGACUCCUCCACAGUACAGCCAGAGGGAGGUGGGAGGGAAGGAAACAGAGCCAAAGAAAGUCGACUAUGCCAACCUGAUGAAAAUGGGAGCCACGUUGGUCAUGGUGCCUGCCCAGAGCCGAGCGUUCCAGACCGUGUGAGUGCUCUGACUCCAUCCAAAAACACACCAUGUACCACCAGCCACAUAGGAAUUGUUAGAUUAGCUAGUUACCUCCCUGGUCAGCUUAAUUUUAGUCACCUGUGACAAUCUGCACCACAAGAAGCCCUCCCACUCAACUCUUUCAUAGCACUUGAGGUUCAGAGAUGGAUUAUUUUUUGUUCUCCUGUUGUUAAAAGAAAGAUAAAAUUGAGGGGGAAAGGGAGCCUUCUUUUUCAAGUACCUUUCUAGAAAGCAGAACACUGAGCAUCUUAAAACUACAGCUGAAAACAAGGUCAGCUAAGCGCUGUAUGAAUGAAAUGAAGCCAAACCUCAGGACUUUUUAAAAGGGAUCAACAGAGAUGGAAAGAUAUCUGGUAUUCCAAGUGAGGUUUAGGGGGAAGGGUCUUUUGUACUGUUACUGGAGAAGCUUCCAGAUGAAUGCAUGGUCUUACCUGGAGAUUUCAAGGCAGUUCAUCUGCUGAAGAUACUCUGGUGGUCAACCUUGAAGGGAACUGACACAUGCUUGCCUAUUUUCUGUAUGCAGCCUUCGAGGGAAAUACUUCUGGGGGCUGCAAUUAAAACAGAUAGGAAAGGUCAAGAGAUCCAGUAGUACAGAGCCUACAAGUCAAGGAAGAUACUUCAGCCUCCAUGCCAAGGAAGCAGAGAUACUUCAAUUGCUAGGAUAAGACUAAUGAUGCAUCCAGGGAAAUGCAGCCCAGCUGCUUGUAUGGACAGCACUGAAAAGCUGCAGUAACUUCACCAGAGUUGUAUCUGUGUCACGCGAGCCUUAGUGAGAUGAGAACUGAAGCCAAAAUGAAGGCAUGCCUCAAAAACUGAGGGCUGCUAACCAACCAAAAAGCCCAGAGGAUGGAUUUGGAAGAUGUAUUUGCUACAGCCAGGUUGUGAAUUCACCAGUUUUGGGGUGAACCAUAUAGAAACCUCAGAGAGCUCUUCAUAAACUGAAUAAACAGCAUUCCUGGGCUGACCUUCACACAUCCAGGUAAGAUGGAGUAAAUGGGAAAUAGGGACAGGAUUCCUGUAGGGGCAGAUGGUCCCAGAACUGUCUGUCAUUUAUACUUUCCUCUGAAGGACUUGACUCUGACCACUGCUACACAGAAGACACUGAGCUUGUAGAUUCUAAAUCCUUUUCUGAGACCCCAUCAUCCCAUUUAUUUGAGAUCUUAGAAGGUCUGACUGAAACGAGGCCACGUUUGGGCCACUUCCCUAUAAGAAAUAGGUUUCAAAUUAGCCCUAUACCACCUGAGAACUUCUCUUCCUAAAGCAAUCACCAUCUUCAUCACAUGUACUGUUUGCUUUCUGUACUGCAGUCAGCACAAACCACCCCCAGAAGGCCAAAAUACUGUUUGUUGUGAGGGGGUGGGGGGCAUUGAGCCACCAGCUGAUAGAAGGGAAUCAUCAGCUGUUUGAUAAGCUUUUGCUUUCACCAGUAUUAGAUUUUGCCUAGGCACCAUUUCAGAGCCAUAUUCCUAGGUCAGCUGUGCUCUGGUUGGAGGUAGCAGCUGCUCAGUGUCUGACUCCUCUUUUUGUAGGCCCUGAAGGCAUAGGUGCUGCUCCUGAGUCCUUCCAAAGCAUUCCAGGUCUAAGACUUGUGAAGGUUUGUGGUUUUUAAGUUUGCUGACUGUGAUGUCACCUGUGAUGCAGAUUACCUGCAACACCUAUUCUAUGAAGAGUAAAGCAGGAGUGAGUUUCUCAGCAAAGCAAACACCCCAAGCAACCUCAUUAAUACAAAAUGAGGAUAACAGUCCAAACAGUCCAGCUAGUUACAGCCUAAGUACCUAAUACUGGAGGCUGGUUUGAGUCACAGGCCAGGCUUGCAAUUAGCAAAGGGUGCUGUGCUCCAUUGCAGCCUGGGGGCUGCUUGGUGCCAGCAAGCAGAAUUCCCCCCAUCCUAUGCCCAACAGCCUCUUCCCUGGAGAAAAGAGUUCAUUUAAAAGGUAUCUCAUUUCCAAAGGGAUGUUUUCUGGGCUCCAGAAAACCAGGAGUUGGACAAGGGAAACAAAUGAACCAUAAGCCAAACUUGAUUGUGUAAAAUAGCGUGUUUAAAGCAUUUACUGUCAUAUACCAGUUAUUACUAGUGUGAUUAAAUGCAUACAAUGUUAUGUAGCUUUCUUAUGUCUAAGCAGCUAAACUGAGCUUACAUCUCUUCUACCUGCUAUAAUUGGUGUACCUGUACUGUGUCUGAACAACUCAGAGGAAAGCAAAUAUUUAUUAUUGAUUCCUUUGAAUCAAUGAUUUCAUAUUAUUAUUUUUUGGUUGUUUUGUAAAUAAACGAGCUGCAGCUGAAGUGCUACAGCUCAACUAAACCCGUA